UCCACUUCGAGUAUCUUUCAAGAACUGAAAAUCGUCCGACGGUCUCUUGCAGGUGUAUUCUCCCUGCUGGAGCGUCUUUCUUUGUAUGUUCCCUGUGCCGUGCUUUCUUGGGAUUUAAGAACUUGUCCACCAACUUUCUGCAGAAGCGCAGACGACAGAAAAACAACUAAGUUUAGAUUGGUUGUUGGUGCAAUGGAAGAAGCUGGAUCCCAAGAGACGGGAAUGAAUAACCAGGAUCAGCUGAUGAACAGCAGGUGCAAUGAAUUGUCUAACACAGUGUUACAGCAUGCGCAGCCCAACUGUGAUGGCCUGGAAAACACGGACACAUUGGAAGGAACUGAGUAUAUUACAAAGAACAGAAAGCUCCUGGGGUCCACGUGCUGCUCUCAGGAGUCUCGUGAGGAGACUCCUGGGAGAGAGGAAGCCCGUACCGAUCCACCUGAUGGCCAACAAGAUCCAGAGAGCGAAAAGCACAAAGAGAAAACUUUAGGAAAAGAAGUACUAUUAUUAAUGCAAGCUUUGAACACACUUUCUACUCCAGAGGAAAAGUUGGCAGCUUUGUGCAAAAAGUAUGCUGAUCUGGUAAGUAAUUUGUAAAGAUAGCAAGAGUUAUUCAUGUGUUAACCGUGGAAUGCAAGAACUUCUAAUACAGGAUGGUUAAUGAUUUUGAAUGUUUCACAGUGUUAGCAGGCAGAAAUGAACACACAGGCUUCUCAUGAAUAUUGCUCCAGCAGAGCUUGUGUUUAGUCUUUUCAUUUCUGCAAGACUGUCUAAAACUAAAGAAAAACUAGAUUAUAACUUUUUGACAACCUGAUACUGAAUCAUAACACUGGGAUUAACAGAAAGAUUUUUCUUAUGGAAGAAAGUAUUUUCCUAGGUAAUGUCUGCAUUUUAGCAAAAAGGGAAAGAACAUACUUUGCCAAGGAUUUAAAAUAAAUUAGUUCUGCUUAACUCCUUAGAGAUUGAAGGUAGGGCUGGAAGGUGUAAUUUUGCUCUGUGAUCAUACACGCGGAUUUCUUCAGUAACAGACCAAAAAGGCAGAACAUGUGUCAUGGUUUCAUGAGAGCACAAUCAGUUACUGAUCGUAGGGUGCAUUCUGACUCUAAAUGACAGACAGGACAACUUAAUCUCUAAAGUAAUUGAUGGCAAAAUUGGGUGGGUUAUUGGGUCAUAAGUUGUUUUUUGGAAUGUUUCUGGAGAUGAAAAAUGCUGCACUUAUUCAUCUUGUGAUGGGGACAGCCAAGAAUGGAAAUAACACCUGUAUGUUUUUUUUCCACCAUAUUUGUAGCUACAAAAUGAAAGUAAAAGCAAAUGACUGAAUAGCUUGAAAAAACACAAGGCUUGCUUUCUCUUGUUGUCAGAUGUAGUAUGUGUGGAAACAUUUCUGAAAAUGGCUGCAUAAUAAACAUAAUGGCUGCACAACAUGACAUAACUCUUCUGAAGUAAUCUUUUUUUCUUUUGAGAAUAUCACUGUCUGCAGAGCUUUGCUAAUGAGCUAGUACAAAAACUUUCUAGUCACAGAAGCAAUAACUAUUUAAGAAUACAUGUAGGUUAGCUCUUUUUUUUUUUUU